GUUGGAAGGGUGGAAGACAUUGCCACUUUCAAUUGGAGUGGUUUUGUUGCCCGCAAUCUGAAGUUUGAGCUGUCUCGUGCUAAGGAAAACGAAGCUGAAGCUAGGGCUCAUGGUAGACAGCAAUGGCCUCUCGGAGAUAUCCACUUCUUAAUGAUCCAUUUGCUGGACUUCCUUAAUGUGAGAGGGUUUGCCACAAAAACCAUCCCUACCUGCAGCUAUUGGUUCGACCCUAGGGUGGACAAGGUGUGCUUGAAUAUCCCCAAGGAAGCUGACAAAUAUCUUCUUGGUCCGAUGUUGUUGUCAAGAGAAGAAGUCAAAUCCCGCUUCCGUCCAGAACGUGCCAGGAGGGAUUGGGAAUCAGGAACAAGUAACUCGGCUUCUACUACUGAAUGGUGGAAGGAUGUUGACUUGGAAACCCUUGAUGAUGAUGAGCUUAAGGCAUUGGAGUCCAUGACUGAAAAAAUGAUGGAUGUAUGGGAGUCAAGGCGGGAUAGUGUUUGGAGAGUUGUCAUUUUGCGCCAUCAAGGAACCAAAUGAUCUUGGCAAUGGCUUGAACAUUCAGAUUUCUGUUUCUUGUUUGGAUUUUAUCUUUGCCAUGUUGGAAUGGCUUGAACAUUCAGAUUUCUGUUUAUUGUUGGAAUUUUAUCUUUGCCAUGUUGGAAUGGCUUGAACAAAUUGUUGGUUCUGUUUAUUGUUUG